CUGCUCAUCGACAGUUAUCACUCUCACUCAGGUGUGUUAAUUUGAAUAUGAAAAUCAAUUUUAAUGGUUCUUUGUUUUCAGAUGAAAGUCCACAACCGCUCACCGAAGAAGCCAUUUUUGUCGAAAUCAAAUUAAAUGGAGGAAUCGUCGCUCAAAAUGAAAGUCCCAAACUGCCGUCAAAAGAAGGCUCAUUUGGUCGCUAUCCAAAUCAACGGAGGAACUGUCAUCCUCGAAAAGUCGACUGGAAUCGUGAACACCCCGAGAUCCAAACUCCAACUGACACCGUCUCCUCUCAAUAUGAAAUGAUGAAGACUAUCUUGGGUUAUCAAUGUUUAUGGAUUCGAGGAAGUCACCAACACAGGAACACUAAGAAUUUUCUAUGAAAGGCAGCUCAAAGUCGCCUCGUCAGUUCAAGGAAUCCAUCUCAUGUCGCCUUCACCGUUGUUCGUGCUGGUCAACAGGGAUGCUGCUCCAAGAGCAAUUAA